CGUCACUCCACAAUCAUUAAAUGACCUCUACCAUGGGUAAGGCCACGAGGUCCUAUCAGUGCCAAAGAUGCGAGAGAACUUUUGCCCGCUUGGAGCAUCUCCAACGUCAUGACCGCUCACAUACCAAGGAGAAACCGUACAUAUGUGACAAAUGCCCUAAAUCAUUUACGCGCAAAGAUCUAUUGGCCCGUCACGAACGCUUGUCGCACAGUUCCCCGACAUCGGGCGUGGGCCAGGAUGCAGCAACUCCGCCCUCAGCUUCUCGCCAGAUGUUCGAUGGGUUGAAUAUGCUGGCCUCCGCCGUGACAGACCCCUCUGUGAGCUCUGCAAGUUACAGUCUUCUGUCGGCAGGUUCAGCGUCCUUCGCUCCACGGCCGAAUCCGACCGAUGAAGGCCCGGAGUCAUCGGGAUUUAGCGAGCCAUUCAGUGGCUUUGGCCCAACCAUCCCGACCGAUGGAGAGGACUUCACGUCGUUCUUCGAUAGCAUUCCAUUGCCAAGCCAUCCAUACUCCCCCAGUUACCAACCGCUUCCCUUGUUUCCCGCUUUUCACUUUGAUACUCCACCCAUCUACCAUCAGCCUCAGAAGGAGAGACCAGCAGUGAGUGCGGAAACUCCUUCGAGCUCAAUUCUACCGCGUCAUGGGACGCAGAUCCCAUCACUUCAGACCGAAGAAUCGCCGACAACGUAUAGAUCGCGACAACCACCAAGUUCGCUCUCCGUCACAACGCAAUGUAGAGAGCGCAUCGGUGCCCUCCUAUCCGAUUACGCGAAUGUCAUCCCGAACCCCUAUAUCCCGUCUCGCCAUGCCCUAUCACGCUGUCUUAAUGGAUACCUCACUGGGUAUCAAGAACAUUACCCGAUUCUACAUAUCCCUACCCUAGAUCUUGAUUCAAAGCCGUUGCACUUCAUUCUAUCCAUGGCAACACUGGGCGCCCGAUAUUGCCGGGAGCCGGAAACCAGCACGGCACUCUACCAAGUGGCCAAGGCUGUGACGCUCGAGCAUAUACGGAGAGAGUUCCAGUGGGUAGAACCAAACUGUGGCAUCGCCCGAGAUCCGCGAUUGGCAUCCUCCCCGGCUGCUCGAGAUAAAAACCUCCUCGAGACGAUACAGGCGCUCCUGAUGCUAGUGUCGGUGUCCUCCUGGCACGAACACGAUCCCCCCUACGAUGAAUCACUACACAUGCGGAGCCACAUGGAGACGCUGCUCCGACAAGGGGGGCUGAACGACCUCCCCGCGCAAGACGGAUCAUGGGAAAGCUGGGUACAGAGCGAAGAGCGAAAGCGAACCCGACUAAUCGUGUUUUGCUACCUCAACAUCCAGACGAUUGUCUUCGAUGUACCACCUAUGAUACUCACUGAGGAGGUCACCCUGGACCUUCCCUGCACUGAGAUCGAAUGGCAAGCCAAAACCGACAGCCAAUGGAUGGAAGAAAGAAGUCAGAGCCUAGGCGAACCCAAGUUACAAGACGCCCUCGCCUCCCUCUUCACCCACAAUUUAGAUACAAAAGGGCGACUAGAGAGUUUCUCCUCUUUAGGCGGCUACGUUCUCAUCCACGCCAUCAUCCAGAACAUUUGGCUGCUCCAAAAAGCCCGUCGACUACCUGGAUUUAGCGGGAACUCGCUCUCUGCGUCAGAAGUAACGUCCUUGGAACUCGCAUUAGAGAAUUGGUGUCAAUGCUGGGAGCGCAAUCGGGAAGCGUCCAUUGACCCCUUCAAUCCACAUGGCCCAGUGUCUUUUACGUCCGCUGCGCUUCUCCGACUGGCUUAUAUCCGACUGAACGCGGAUUUCAGCUCCGCCCGACGGCUCCAGACAUGGAAUCCGGACGACAUCGCCCAAUCGUUAAAAGAGAACCUCUCGGUCGAGCGAAGUGACCGGUUAACUAGAGCUGCACUGCACUGCGCCCAUGCAUUGAGUACUCCUAUUAAAUUGGGAAUCAACUAUGUCGCGCAGACACAGGUACACUCAUGGUCGCUUCAAUACGCGUUGUGUUCAUUGGAAUGCGCCGUUCUACUGGCAAAAUGGCUCGAAGAGGCGACGGUCGCGUCCCCUAGUCCGAGUCUAACGGAGCAGGAAAACAAGCUUCUGGGGUUUGUCAUCGACAUGGUAAUGGAGGCUCGGCACGGAGUAUCGCGUGAAUGGUUGUUAGCGAACAAUACCCGUCUGAGCGCGAUUGUCACCCGGCUCUGGGCUCGAUUAUUUACGGCAGACUAUAUUUGGGAAUUGGUCAAUUUAAUGGGACGAGCUCUGAACAGCUACGCGGAUCUAUUGGAGAGGAUGAGUUAAGCCUGAUCUACGGUGACUAAUGGGGUAUAAACGGUUGGUUUCCCUUCCAGCAAAGCAAUCUAGCACGCCAC